UUUCCCCUUCUCUUCUAAUCAAUGGCUUUCUUCACCGGCGGCGGCCGAUUCCGCGAGCUUCUCAGAAAGUACGGCAAGGUCGCAAUCGGAGUUCAUUUCUCAGUCUCUGCAGCUUCGAUCACUGGCCUCUAUGUCGCCAUCAAGAACAAUGUCGAUGUCGAAUCGCUACUCGACAAGUUGCACAUGGAUGGAUUCUCUUCCAAAGAUCAACCGCAGACGAUUCCCUCCGAAUCCACGUCGUCCGCAGAUGACGGAUUUGUGAUCGAAGAAAGGCCUGUGUCGGAAAAUCAAUCGACGGCGGUGCAGGAGCCGAGGAGGAGGAAUCGCACCGCCGAGCUCGCAGCGUCGACUGGCGGCGCGUUGGCUUUGGCCGUGCUUUGCAACAAGGCGCUGCUGCCGAUUCGGAUUCCGAUAACGAUUGCGCUCACGCCGCCGAUCUCGAGGCUGCUGGCGAGGCGAGGGAUUAUGAGAAGUGGUUAACGAAAUGAAAUUCAUAUCAUUGGUUCUUCAUAUUUAUCGUACGUUGAAUGAUUCGAAAUUAGGAGAGGAACUCUUUGGCUUGGAUCGGCCAUGAUUGAUUAGAGUUAAGCUUUCAUCGAGUAUUAUGAUCCAUUUCUAUUUUCUUUCAGGAUUUUUUUAAGAAAGAUAUCUCUGUUCACCUUGUCAAAAUAGCAAUAAAUAAAAUUGCACUAUAGUGCUUCUACUUC